AUGCCCGCCACCACCCACCACAACAACGACCGCAUCGUCGACUCCAACAAUAACGUUGACGACACCACCCACGCCCCGAACGACGGCUCGCGCGGCUAUCCCAAGCCCAUUGGGCCUGUCAAGCCCCCGCCGAAGCCUACCCGUGAGCAAGAGCAGGAAGGUGGUUGCGAGACUUCUGAUAUUUCGUGCCCUGGAAUGAAGAGGGAGUAG